AUGGGCAACGGCAACAUCAGCAUGGAAAAGAGGGGUGAGGGCAAGUACGUGGAGAUAUCCGAUGAGGAUGGGCAGAUCAAGCGCAUCGUUCGCGAGACCGGCGACAGGGUACCGGUCAAGCGGAUCUUCUGCAAAAUCUCCGAUGUUUGCUCGGUGUCGCAGAAGUUGGAAGAGAGUGAUAUCGUCUUUACUCUGGAGAAUGGGGUGGAGUACGUCUUGGACAAUCUGGAAAAUCCUGACGAGACCUACUCGCAGUUUACGCAGUUUAUCGUAGACGAUUGA